UAAAUUUAAUAACUGACAGAAAAGCGAAAACUUUUCCUAUUUUUAUACCAUAAUUAUUAUCAGUUUCUGAUGCUUCAUAAGGCAUAUGAAUAAAAGCUUAGCACUGUUGGUGAUAUUUCAGGCAUAUUAAGCAGGCGAUGGCGUUGUACGAUCUUUGCGUUAUAGGAGGUGGCAUGUUCGGCAGUGCUGCUGCGAGGCAUGCUUCAGCUAAUCCAGCGUUAAAAGUAUGCUUAAUUGGACCACCAGAGCCAACGCCCGAAGAAAUGAAAACCAGAGAUAUAUUUUCCUCCUAUUAUGAUGCUGGACGAAUAACCCGAGUUCUUGAUGAAGAUCCAGCCUGUGAAGUUUUAUCCAGACAGUCUAUAAAACGAUAUCAUGAAAUUGAAAAACUAUCUGGAAUCAAGUUUCAUACACCAGUAGGUUGCCUCUUUAUUGUCCAAAAAAAUAUUCCAGAAGUGAAAGCUUUGUUACAAGCUGCCGACGCAAAAAAUGUAUCCAUAACAGAUGUAUCAUCUAAAGAUACAUUUACAAGAAGGUAUCCCUAUCUGAACUUAAAGGAUGAUGAAAUCGCCCUUUUGGAUGAUAAUGGUGGUGGUCAUAUUGAUCCCAGAAAGCUAGUAGCUGCACAAAAGAAAAUUUCUAAGCUUCAAGGUUGUGAUAUUAUUGAAGGCAUCGUAACGAAUUUGAAGCAAGAAAACAACCACUAUCAAGUAAAAACUGAAGCAGGAAAUACAAUUACUUCAAAAAGGGUGCUUAUAGCAACGGGAGCAUUUAUCAAUUUGAAAAUGCACAGUGAUUUAAAACCUUUGAUCGCCACCAAAUACAAAGAAACAGUUGCUUUAUUUGAAAUUCCUGAAAAUGAAGUUAAAAGACUGAGCUCAUUACCUGAUGUUAUACAUGUAAGAGGGAGUGAUAAAUCUUUCCCGAACGGAAUCGGUACCUAUUUUCUUCCCCCAAUAAAAUAUCCAAAUGGCAAAUUUUACAUAAAAAUCGGAGUAGAUGGAUGCUCAGAAGAAGCUAAAGAUUUGGAUGAUAUUAAGAAAUGGUACCAAUCAGACGGUGACAGAAAGUUAAUAGAGUUGGAAGAAAAACUUAUUAAGAUGGAUUUACCAGGUUUAAAAUAUGACAGCGUAUCCAGUCGCACAUGCGUCAACUGUUAUACACCGAAUGGUUUGCCAUACAUAGAUCGAAUCAACCCAACCCUCACAGUUGCAGUUGCAGGAAAUGGUAAAGGUGCAAAAUUUUCUGACGAGGUUGGAAGGUUAGCUGCAAAAUUAAGCAUGACCGGAGAAUGGGAUUCUGAAUUGGAGCAAAUAAGAUUUCGAGCAAUUUUUCAAUGAUAAAAUAUCCAUACAUAACUUCAAUUUCCUAAAUAAGAGCAAAUUUUUUUUAAUAUGAAAGUUGUAUUAUAAUUGUAUUUUGAACAACUGUUCAAACAUAAAUUAAGCGUAUAAUGUAACUAAAUAUGCAAAAUUAAACAUCGAUUUUUAAUUUU